ACUCGUCGACGUUGUCACAACAAACCCCUGAGUUCACUUACACAGCACAUAUCUUAUUGCUCAAGAAAAAGAUGGAAGAAGAAGAAGAAAACCCUAAUCCAAUCUACAUAGUUUCCGAUCUGGUGGAAGACAUACUCCUUAGGCUGACCUUGAAACUAAUAAUCAGAUGCAAAACCGUCUCAAAACAAUGGAAGUAAAUACUGGAGUCCAAGAGUUUCGCGGAGAGGCUUAAGCGUGUUCAAAAGAACCCCAAAAUCCUUGCUGUCGGAGAGAGCCACGGUUCCAAGGAGACGCAGAGAUCGACAUUGUCUAUUUACAACGCCUUGAAACCACCACACGACCUUGGUUGACAUGUGACUGUUUGGUUUGCAUCCCUGUACCAGAUUGAAUCAACGUUUUGAACCCUUCCACCGGAGAAUUCCUUAGAUUCCCUACAGGCCCUUUUGACUAUGGGAUCGAACUCGUUCCCCGUAAAUUCGUUAUUUAUUUAUUUAUUUAUUAUUAUAUAAGAAUGAAUAUAUUCGUUUCCUUGUCUUAAAAGUUACUACUUACUACAAUCGCAGAAGUAUGGCGUUACAUAUUCCCUGGAUACUGGGCGAUGGGAUUCGGUAAGGAUGAAGUUAGUGGGAGCUAUAAAGUAGUGAGGAUGUUAUUUGAUUUCAACGAUUUCGAGAUUCUUGAUGUUAACACUGGGGAAUGGCGGAAACUUACCCCGGCUCCUUACAAGGUUGAAGCAACAAGGAAGUCGGCGUGUGUCAAUGGUUCCAUCUACUGGUUAGACUUUAAGCAUAGGUUUAAGAUACUAGCUUCGGAUCUUCACACAGAAGAGUUCCGGGAUGUUUCUGCACUUCCGCCGUCUAGGUACACCCCUGCAGCUCAGAUAGUGAACCUUGAAGACCGUUUGGCCUUUUCCGACACAGGUUUUGGUCCUGAAUGGCUACUAGAGAUAUGGAGCAUGGAUGCACAAGAAGAAACUUGGACUAUGACUUACUUCAUAACUUUAACCAUAGUUAUUUCCCCGAUAUAUUGGAAAAGGUGGUUCACCCCCAUUGCUGUUUCUAAGCAAGGGAAUAUUUUCUUACAUGACAGUGAGAAGAGGUUGUUCAAAUACUAUCCGUAUACAGACAAUUAGUGGUCUAACUCCUUUAGUCGAAAAUCUAGCCCCACUUCCUUCACAAUCAAGAUGUGUUCUGAGUAUCAGCACAUCUGGAUACCAAUAUGGACUUAGCUAUUUACAACCUGGACGUGUUAGCACAACUCCGCAACGAUCUACGAUAUCUAGUAUCUUCGGACGGAUGGAAUUGAUGUUCCCUAAUAUUUUGCUUACCUCUACUCUUGUGUCUCUCGUUAUUUUUGGUUAUAGUUAUAAAUAUUCUACUUGAAUAGCGGUGGUUACUUAUCUAGUGUCUCUCCACACCGUUAUGUCUACAUCUUACUAAAUUUUAUUUAUUCUCGUAAGCUUUUCCAAUUUCCACAACCUCUUAUCACUUAAUCUCGCCUUGUUUCUUCUUAUAAACACAAUCAUGCUUCAAAUUUUACUGUUUGUUUAUUUCUUGUGUAUUAUCGAGUAGUUAAAUUGUGUGCAGGUACAAGACUUCUAGUGAUGUUAUUAUGAGAAGUUGUGUUUAGGAACUCUCUCCAAUGAGACAUGCAUGUCUUCGCUAAAAUCCAUCCAGAAAUCCUUUUGUUUCCCACACCCCGACGCCAUUUUCUCUUCCCUUUUCCGUUUGGCAAAUUCCACAGAAACAGUGAUUUGGAUGGAUGGAAUUGCUGUUCCCUAAUAUUUUUUGCUUACCUCUACUCUUGUGUCUCAUUAUUUUUGUUUAUAGGUAUAAAUAUUCGACUUGAAUACCGGUUACUUAUCUAGUGUCUCUCGACAUCGUUAUUGAGGUGUGGUUCGAUCCGCUUAUGUCUACAUUUUACUAAAAAUCCCAUAGUUUUGCGGCUAUGACUUCUUCUGCUCAUCAAAAUCUCUCUUCUUUAGUCUCAUUCAGGUCAUCAUCAUCAUAUGUUUCUUCUUUUACAAAGAAAGCAUAAUGUUGUUCUCUUGCUUUCGUUUCUUUUGUUUACCAUUAUUGCCCACAACGUUAAUUUAAUUUAUUUUCAAGCAUGAUGGAUUGAAAGAAGAGAACAGUCUAUACUCUCUGUAGCAUGUAAAUAGAAGAAACGU